AUGAGAAUAAGCACAACAAAAUUGACACCAUUUUUUUUAUUCCACCUGUUUUUAUUCCCACUACAUGUCUUUUCUAUUGAUUUAGAUGAAAGUUCAAAAAGUUCUAUUUGUAAUGCAACAGCACUAAUAAUAGACGGUAUGCUAGAUUAUUAUGAGGGGGAAAGAUAUGGUGGCACAGUAGGGAUGUUUCAAUCACCAUACUAUUGGUGGCAAGCAGGCGAAGCCUUUGGAGGUAUGAUUGAAAACUGGUACUUAUGCGAAAACAAUACUUUUGAAUCAUUAAUUCAAGACGCAAUUAUUCAUCAGGCUGGUGAUAGCUAUGAUUUUAUGACUGAAAAUCAAACUAUGGUUGAAGGUAAUGAUGAUCAAGGUAUUUGGGGAUUAACAGUUAUGACUGCUACUGAAAGAAAUUUCACAGCACCAGAUAAUUCUAGCGGGAGCUCUAGUAUUCCAGGAUACUUGGCAAUGGCACAGGGUGUUUACAAUACAAUGUACAGUAGAUGGGAUGCAGAUACUUGCGGCGGUGGUCUUAGAUGGCAAAUUUUCACUUGGAAUAAUGGAUAUUCUUAUAAAAAUACCAUUGCAAAUGGUUGCUUGUUCAAUUUAGCAGCUAGAUUGGGCAGAUAUACGGGUAACACUACCUACUUAGAUGUAGCUGCUAAAGUGUUUGACUGGUUGGUUGAUGUUGGGUUUGUCACUUUAAGCAGCGAUAGUAAAGUUUACGAUGGUGCUAUGAUUGAUACCAAUUGUAGUAAUAUUACCGAGACUGAAUGGACAUAUAAUUAUGGGAUUAUCCUUGCAGGUGCGGCAUAUAUGUAUAAUGCUACAAAUGGUUCAAGUGUUUGGGAAACAAAUGUGGGUUAUUUGCUGGAUGGUGCAUCGAAAACAUUUUUUGUGAACGACACGAUGUACGAACAAGCAUGUCAAUCGAGUGGCACAUGCAAUAAUGAUCAAAGGAGCUUUAAAAGUUUGUUCAGUAGAUUAUUGUCGUAUACUAGUGUCAUGGCGCCAUUUACAACAGAUACCAUAAACACAUUAAUAGAAACAUCAGCAAGAGGGGCAGCGGAAUCAUGUUCUGGUGGAUAUGAUGAGCACACCUGUGGUUUAGACUGGACACUAGGUAAAAAUGAUGCGGUUUAUGGUCUUGGUGAACAAAUGUGUGCAUUAGAAAUAAUACAAGGGCUAUUAAUUCACGAUAGACCAGCACCAUAUACAGCAGAUAAUGGUGGUAGUUCUAAGGGGGAUGUUAAUGCUGGUUUGGGUAGUGAUUCAGAUACCGUCGCCUCAUUAUUACAAAACACAUUAAGUAUUAGUCAAAAGGAUCGUAUAGGAGCAUCUAUUAUAACAGCUAUAGUAUUAGUUGUUUUAAUAGGAGGUGGGAUAUGGAUGUUGUUUUAG